AUGUCGUUGCCUAUGCUUGUUAACGGCGCAGAAUGCGGCCCAAUCAACCCCCUGCAAGGUCUUUCCAAGCGACUUGACCAGGAUCGAGGGAUCCAGCAGGAUUUCUUCGGGGCAGGUCGUGCGGGAUCAUCUAAGGAGGCUUUCCGUACGCAAUACUCUGCGACAGCAGGCACGACUCAGGAUGCGACUCGAUUCUUCUCAUCGACCCAGUCUACGUUACCUAUGCUUGCUGGAUCUUCUGCUUUUGACCUUUCUGCGUUGCAUACGUCUUUGAAGAAUCCGCAGGCCGCUACCCAGACACCCCCAGCAGCGGCAUGGGCGGCCGACUUUCUACAACAGCCAUUGGCGCAGGCUCCUGUCCCCAAAUUAACCUCCAGCACUGUCUUACGGCACAAGGAUGGUGUAUUCCAGCAAGAAUCCUUCCAACAGCAAAACCUGACUCAGAGUUCUUCUGCGCCAGGUUUCGCGAUGUGGAAUGCAUCUCCACUGAGACACAACAUGGGAUAUCCUGCUAUGGUUCCGCAGGCAUUCGCGAUGCCUGACCCCCAGACACAAGCUCACGCACUACAAUGGCAUCAAGAAUUCCAGUCGCGGGAGGCUUCACUCUCCUCCCCUCCGGCUGUUCAAACGCAAGAGCCUCUGGGUGCUGAGCCACAAACACAGUCACAUUCCCACGCCCUGGACAGGGAUGAACUCGCUCGUACUGCAGGGAUGCUCGUUGACUCUGUUCAGCACGAGCAAAACUCGAAGUUCCAGGAGAGCCAGUUCCUGGGACUUAUGCGACAGCUGCGCGACCACGAGAUCGUCGUCGAAGGAAACCAGAUGGUUCAGAACGACGGAAUCGCGAAUCAAGCGACCGUUGACAUCAAGGGGAAAGGUCGGGCUGCCGACGUCUCUAUUUCGUAUGGACACUCUGUCGUCCCCCAAGCGUCAACCUUGCUUUCCGGCCAAGCUACAUCUUCGGAUACUCGCACGGAGAAUCAGGUCCAUCCCGAUGUGAUAGACGAGUAUUUGCGCCAAGAAAAUGAGGAAUACAUCAAGUACAAUGCGCAAUAUAAUUGGCAAUCCUCGAGCUUCUCAUCCCAAAGAAAUGAACCGAGCGUGCAAGGUGCGGAGUGGCUCCAGCUGCAACACGAUUGGGAAGCAUUUGAAGCAACUGCGACAGGCAUCCGGCCAGUGACCCAUUACCAGUUCCAAGUAAACAACCCUUACGUCCUUGGAGAGGCUUCUAGAACACACAAUCACGCUAUGCAUUCGGAGACGAUGAAUUCUUUAUAUGAGGGUGUGCUGGAGCUUGAGGCAGUUGUGCAGCGAGACCCUACAGAUGCUCUGCGAUGGUAUGCGCUAGGUGUCAAGCAACAGGAGAAUGAGCGGGAGCAGAAAGCGAUACAGGCUUUGCGGCGCUCGCUCGAGCUCGAUCCCAUGCAUUUGCCGUCAUGGAUUGCCCUUGCGGUGUCGCACACGAACGAGAGCAAUCGCGUCGGGGCAUAUGAGGCUAUUCGCGAAUGGGUCGAUCGGAACGAGCGCUACAGUGCUCUCGUACAGCAAUUCCGUGCGCUGAAUGUGGACCCGGAGGAUGCGACGCAGGCAGACCACUUUGCGUCUUUGACCCAGUGUUUGAUCGAGAUGGCACGGGGUGAUACCAGCGGAAAUAUUGACGCCGACAUCCAGAUUGCGCUCGCGGUGCUGCUGAAUACUAACGAGGACUACGAAAGAGCGCAAGAUUGUUUCAAUGUUGCACUGGCAGUUAGACCCGAUGAUUGGUUGCUGUACAACAGGGUGGGCGCAACGCUGGCCAACAGUGGACAUCCAGAUGAGGCUCUACAGUACUACUACCGCGCCAUAGAACUUAAUCCGGCUUAUAUCCGAGCCAGGUUCAAUCUUGGGAUAGCGUGUACGAAUCUUAGGCGCUACGACGAGGCCGCCCAGCACAUGCUUGACGCCCUCGUGCUGCAGGACGGUGAUAGCGUCCGCGAUUCGAAGGGAAGCGAGGACAAGCGUGGCGUCACCUCUUCGGCUCUUUGGUCCAGCCUGAAGACGUGCUGCAUGCACAUGCAGAGAAUUGAUUUGGCUACGCUUUGCGAUCGCGAGGACCUCGACGCUUUUCGUAUGAACUUCCAGAUCUAA